AUGGCAGUAUUUGCAAACAGCAAAGGUGUGUCACUAUUCAGCUUUCCACGAGGACAAGGGCGGAGUAUUUGCAGUCCUCCAAGUAACCAAGGGCAGAGGGAGGCUAGGGCCAUGGUGAAGAAGAGUGAUGAGGAGACUGGAUUAUUAACUGUGGCUGAGAGAUUUACUGAUCCUCCUGCAGAAAAUCUCUGCAUGAACUUGAUUAUAUUUUAA